AUGGCCACAGCAGCACUGAACGGCUGGCACCCAGGCGAGAUCUCAAUCCAGCGCAAGCUCGGAUAUGCCAGCGCCGUUUCUGAUCACUGGUCCAUUGUUACUGGCUUCUUGCCUGAGCAACACCGCCUUUUUCACACUUCUCAUCUCCCUUUCAUCCCGAUCACCACUCUUGAUGAGGAUGGACAUCCAUGGGCGUCUAUUGUUGCCGGACAAACUGGCGAUAUUGGUUUUGUAAAUAGUCCUAACUCCCGAACCCUUUCCAUGAACCUCCGAAUGUGGGAUGGUGAUCCGCUCUUGGAUACAGUCAAGGCAUGGCUUGAAGAGAGACGAGAGACUGCCCCUGAGAGAUUUUUGACUGCUGGCUUGGGGAUCGAGUUCUCAACACGAAGGCGUAAUAAGUUCGCAGGGGCUAUACGAAACGUGAGGCGUCGGACAAAUUCGGAGUAUCAAAUUGACUUCGAAAUUAUCGAGGCUAUAGGAAACUGCCCAAAGUACAUCAACAUUCGCAAGCUAAUCCCACAUCCCCAGACGCAACCAGAAGUCGUGUACCGGCGACAACAUCUGGCACCACGGGAACGUCUACCAGAAGAAGUGAUUCAGUUUAUUCUCGAAGCCGAUACAGUGUUUAUGGGCACUAUUUUCAACCCCGAGAGCUCGGUAUCUCAGAUAUAUCCUUCACAUGCAGGCAUGAAUGCCCGAAGUGGCUUGCCAGGCUUCAUCCGCGUCAGCCCAUCCGAUGGCCGCACAGUGGUCAUUCCUGACUACUCGGGAAAUCGAUUUGCGUCCAGUCUGGGGAAUAUUGAAGCCAGUGGAGUUGCCGGAUUGACGAUUGUAUCCUUCACAACGGGAGAUAUUGUUUAUUUGACUGGUACAGCCGAAAACAUUGUUGGACCGCCCGCUCUCAAAAUUAUGGCUCGACAUGCCAGUCUCACAUCGGUGAAUAUUACGGGGUUCACCUUUGUCAGAAACGCUCUCCCUGUUCGGCAGCAGAGUGGCACCGUUGUAGAGCGCAGUCCUUAUAGUCCCAAGGUCAAAUACCUGGUAGAAGAGGCGGAAUCGCAGAUGGGUGGCGCUCAGCAGCACAAAGCAAAGCUUGAAGAGGCAAUACAGAUCUCCCACGAUCUUGCUGUGUUCAAAUUCAAGGUUGUCUCAGAGCCCGGCGCCGACGAUCUCAAAGUUCGCCCCGGACAAGCUAUCGUGCUCGACUUCAUGGAUUGGAUAGGUCCACCUCAGUAUCAACACAUGGCCAAUUCAGCCCCUGGGUCAAUCAAUGACGAUCGAGUUCGCACCUGGACAGUUUCGAGUGCUCACGAACAGAAAAAUGCUAUCUGCUUUGAGUUAACCAUGCGCAAAGUCCAAGGAGGCACUGUCACAGGCGCCUUGUUUAAUCUGUUGAGGAGGCAAAACUCGAAAAAGCAGGACCAACGUACCCUGUUUGAUAGACCUAUUUCUGCGGAUAUUGUUGGUGUUACAGGGGACUUUUUUAUGGGCCCAGGCAAACUCAAUAUGCUACUCAUAGCUGGUGGAAUCGGCAUAACACCUUUCUUAGCUAUGCUAAGUGCAUUGGCUGCGCGUGGAUCCAAGAUUGAUGGUGAUGUUGCGCUUAUUCUAGCAACGAGAGAACCAGAGAUUAUGGUCAAUUUGAUGAAACCAGCACUUGAAAUGAUGUCAGUGGCCGUGAAUAUCAAUAUUGACAUUUUCUCCCACACCGCGAAUGUCAACGUUGAAUAUCUCAACACGACUUGUCGGAAGAUUAUCGUGCACACAGGGCGUGUCACUCCUGAGCUAUGGAAGCAAUUCCCUCGCGACAAAGACGUCUUCAUUUGUGGACCCAAUGGCUUUGGGGAUUCGGUUACUGAUGGACUACGAGCCGCUGGGUUUCCCCUGACCCAAAUUCAUCGGGAAGGAUUCUAUUGA